AUGCUUGUUAAAAUACAAAAAAUUGAAGAAAAAGAUAAUAAAUCUUCACAAAUAAUUAUUUCAAAUCAAAUAGAUAAAGAAGAAGUUCAAUUAACAACGAUUCCUAAUAACAUACAAAUAUGUGACCAUUCGGAUGAAAUCCUUGAUCAUAAUGAACAGAUACUUUCUAAUAAUAUUGAAGAUCUACCAGAUCUCAAUGUAUUAUUUAAUUCAACCGACGGAAUUGAUUUGAAUGAUGUAACAAAUGAAAAUUUACCAAUAACAUUUGCCAAUUUACGAAAACUCGCUGUUGUUCGUAUAAGAGAGUUAUUGAAAGAACUUGAAAUAAAAGAAUCGAUAAAUAAUGAGAGAAUAAAAAAUUUACAACAAGAAUUUGAUGAAUAUAAAAUAACAUGUGAAAAAAAACAAAAUACAUUGAUUGAACAAGUAAACAAUGCUUAUCAAUUACAAAUAGAAGCACAAAAGCCAUCAGAAGAAGCAUUAAAUCAAUUACAAUUAUUCAUCAAUGAACCAGAGAAAUCGGUAGUUGAAUUAAAAUUAACUUGUGCCUUUCUUUUUUUUUUUUUCAAAGAAAUUUAUUUCUUUAUAGAAAAAUAGUACAGUUCAUUAAGAGACACAAACAGUAAGAAGAAUUUUAUUUUGUUAAGAACUGUUUUAACUUUCAGUAAAAUAUUCUGCUGAAAAGCUUAUCAAAUACAGCCACUUUCGGAGUAAAAUGUGAAACUUACGUGUCUUAUUUACUUCCGUUUUGUUAUACAAAAAUACGUAAAGUAGAAAACUGUCAGCGUAAUCUCUUCGAGAUUAAAAUGCGAAAAAAACACAAUGUAGCUGCUGUUGCUAAUCAUAGGGACAUUGUUUUAUUUCAUCUAUUUUGGAACCGAUUUAUUUGCCAUCAGUUUACCUAAUCCUCUGGAUAUGCUUUAAGGAAGUAGCUCAUAUAUUGUAACGAAACGUUAUGGAUAAAUGAACUUUGAUGAUAAAUCAACGUUUACCACGAUCUAUAGUCACCUGUUGAUCGCGUGUCUCAUGAUCUGAGGAGAGGAGACAGAAUGAAAAUUUCCACCAUAUAUACUACAAUACUCCUUUUAGAUCGUGUUUCACACAAAUCUCUAACAGACGAUAGUCGCUUUCUCAAGAAUUAACGAUCGUCAGGAAAAAUGUCUGUCUUAUUUAUUUUAUUUCACACCAGUACUGUUUUCUGUACUAGCAAUCUAUUUGUUUUUAUUUGUCUUGUUACGAUCUGUUCAUUAUAUAUUUAUGUAUCUCUAUAAACUUAGAUAUACUGAUAUGAAGUAGCCGUGACAGUCAGAACUUUGAUCAGUUUCUGCUUUUUGUAUUAAUCACAUAUCGACUGUGGCGAAUAAAUACAUUGCUAGUCAUAAUCUUUGAUAUCUAUUAUGUAAUCGUUUAUCAGUGCUAAAAUCUGACACUGUCUUAUUUAGAACAUUGAGAAAUGUAAUGCAGUCAUUUAAGCCAUUUGUAGGAGAGAAUUUAUAUCCAAUAACCUUUAGUCCGGAUUGCUAAGAACUAAAGAGGAGGUGAAGGGAACCGUAAAAAUCUUCACUUAAAACUUACACUCACUAUUUUCUUCGAAAAUAUAUGUGAGUUUCAUAAAACCAAAUCAGAUGUAUAGGUCACUGUCGAUGACUAAAAAAUAUUUUCGAGCGUAUUUAUAUAUGGACUUGAAUUUUUUUAUAAUGUACUAUUUUAACCGUAACCAUUUUUUGAAGUUAUAAUCCUACAGAAAAAUCUUCUGAAAUAAACUCGGAAGUUGAAUAAUGUACAGAAAGGAUAUUUUUCCUAAUAAAACAGUUCUGAGAAUAGAUUUAUUCGUAGAGAAAUAUUUAUCAUAAAAAACGAGACAAAACAUUUGGUAAAUUUUGUAACCUAUUGUCAUACAUUCAACUAAAAUCUGAAGUUUUUUUCAGGAACAACAAGAC